GGCGCCCUGCGGCUGCGCGUAGGAGAGGCGCCCGCCGCAGCCCAGGUCCCCGGGCGGUCUGCUCAGGCGUCGCAGAGCCGUCCUUUCCCUUUCUAAAGGUCUCCCGCGCCACUGGGCACCCGCCAGCGCCGAGUUCCGCGCUCUGGGAAGCGGCGCAGGCGAGUGGGCGCCUCACGCGUGAGCCUUACGCGUGCGCAGGCGUUUCACAGAGGGUCGUCGUCCCCAGUCCACGGGGAUUUUACGGAAACCGAGAUGCAGGUCCCACAGCGUGACCACUUACGGCUUGUGUCCCCGCUCCAGGAGCCCUGACUGCUGUCCCUGGCGUGCUCACCAUGAUGUUCCUAGCGCUGCUCCUGUUUUCCAGCCUGGCGACUGGCUGCAGAGGGAACUUUUCUUAUACUUGGCCACCCAGGUUGCUGCUGGUGUCAUUUGACGGUUUCAGAGCUGACUAUCUGCAGAACUAUGAAUUCCCUCAUCUCCAGAGUUUUAUUAAAGAAGGUGUCUUGGUAGAACACGUUAAAAAUGUUUUUAUCACGAAAACGUUCCCAAACCACUACAGCAUUGUGACAGGCUUGUAUGAGGAAAGCCACGGAAUCGUAGCCAAUUCCAUGUAUGACACAGUCACAAAGAAACAUUUUUCUGACUCCAACGACAAGGACCCUUUCUGGUGGAAUGAGGCGGUCCCGAUCUGGGUGACAAACCAGCUUCAGGAGAAUAGGUCGAGCGCGGCUGCCAUGUGGCCUGGCACCGACGUCCCCAUUCACAAUACCACCCCCUCCUAUUUUAUGAGUUACAGCCCCUCGGUGACGUUUAGGGAGAGGCUAAACAACCUCACUGAGUGGCUCAGCGCUUCCAACCCACCCGUCACCUUUGCCACACUCUAUUGGGAGGAACCAGAUGCAAGUGGCCACAAAUACGGACCUGAGGAUAAAGAAAACAUGAGCCAGGUAUUGAAGGAAGUCGACGACCUUAUUGGGGACCUGGUCCAGAAACUCAAGGUGUCGGGCCUGUGGGAAAGUCUCAAUGUGAUCAUCACGAGUGACCACGGGAUGGCCCAGUGUGCUAAGAGCAGACUGAUAAACUUGGAUCUCUGCAUUGAUCCGUCAGACUACAGCGUCAUAGACUUGUCCCCCGUGGCUGCAAUACUUCCCAAAAUAAAUAUAACAGAGGUUUAUGACAAAUUGAAAAAUUGUAGCUCUCACAUGAAUGUUUAUCUCAAAGAAAAUAUUCCUAAUAGAUUUUAUUACCAACAUAAUGAUCGAAUCCAGCCUAUUAUUUUGGUUGCUGAUGAAGGAUGGACAAUUGUACAAAAUCAGUCAUUAUCAAAAUUAGGUGACCAUGGCUAUGAUAAUUCUUUGCCUGCUAUGCAUCCGUUUCUAGCUGCCCACGGCCCUGCCUUUCACAGAGGCUACAAGCAGAGCACUGUAAACAUCGUGGAUAUUUACCCAAUGAUGUGCCACAUCCUCGGAUUAAAACCACAGCCCAAUAAUGGGACCCUCGGGCACACCAAGUGCUUACUUGUUGACCAGUGGUGCAUUCAUCUCCCAGAAGCCAUCGGGAUUGUCAUCGGUGCGCUCUUGGUGCUGACAGCGCUCACGAGCCUCAUAAUACUCAUGCAGAAAAGACUUUCUGCACCCCGCCCAUUUUCCCGACUCCAGCUGCAAGAGGAUGACGAUGAUCCUUUAAUUGAGUAACGGGCUGGGGUUCAUACAGUCUUUGAUCAAUCUCAACUCUAAGGACGCAGUCAAGGAAUAGUGUUAUAACCGUGAAAAAGGAUGCUUUGAAAGACAGCUGAGAUCAAGCGUGCUGGAAGUAUUUUGUUUCCUUGUGCUUGUCCUGGUGCAUUGCUAAUACAAACAACCCUGACUAUAGGAAAGUUGCUAGUACAUCAGUUAAUACCAUCUGUUUCUCUAAAUAGCUUUUCCAGAGAAAUGUGCCACCCUUUUUUCUUUUCGCAGUGAAGAUGAUACAUCUUUAAAUGCAAAUACACCAAAGUUUAGUAGGCAUGUUUUUCUAAUAAAUUUAUAUAUUUGUAAAUGAAGCAAUUUGUGAAUUCUGUGUAUCAGAGAGGAAAAGUUUUCUAUAUUUUUAUAGUUGCCUUUAACACGUUCACAGAGUCACCAUAAUUCAUACGUCUCGCUGCCUGGUGGCUUGGAACCACUGUGGGAUGUGUGUGACUGUCCCCGAGCCACAUGGGACAGUCCCAUCGUCUGGUCCAUGCUGCCCAGUGGGGCAGUUGUGCAUGUUCCACUGGUGGUUCAAGCUGGCUAGGACACAUUAUUUAGUUUUUUUAUCCCAAGUAAACCUUAGAGGUGGGAAAUUCUGUGAUGGUUAAUAAAAUUGGUUAGCCACGCUCCCCACCCAAAUCCUGCCUCUGAAGAAACCGUUUUAAGAAAAGCUAUGAAAAGAUGAAUGAAACCAUCAGCACCAUGUGAUACAAAGCCUCAGUUGCCACCACUAUAUCUUUAAGAUGCUUAAACCUUUGAAGUCUCAAAAGUUGAAUCUUGGGGCUGGGGAUUUGGCUCAGUGGUUCUACCACCUGCCUAGCAAGUGCAAGGUCCGGAGUUUGAUCCCCGGUACCAAAAAAAAAGAAAAAUGUUGAAUCUUUGGAAGAUUAUUGCUACUAAGAAAGUCA